CAAAAGGACACUCUCGGCACCAUGCCGUCGUCCCUCGCGAGCCAGCUGCAAAAUAUUGCGUCGGUGGACGCUUCGCGCCUGACAUCGCGGUACGGUCAGCCGUCGUCCAAGUCGUACCUCUUCCCGCCAAAAGUCGCCGAGGCGCAGGACCUCGAUGCCGUCUUCGCGCUCGCCCAGUCGGGCUUCGACGAGCUGCUGCACCUCGACCCCGAGAUCGAGGAGUUUGAGCGCGAGCUCUUCUCCGAGGCCGCCAAGCGCACCGAUCGCAUGAUGCUCAACAAGGAGGAGAACGAAAAGCUCGACAUCACCCUCGGCCGCUGUAUCCGCCGACUUGGCAAGUGGGUCGGCAUCAUGGCCGGCGGCAAGUGCAUCGAGUGGCUUGUGAGGCGAUUCCGUGUCCACGAGUUCAACGCCGAGGUCCUGUUGCAGGCCUUCCUCCCCUACCACGACUCGCCCAACUUUGCGCGCGUCCUCGCCAUCCUCUCCCUUCCCACCUCGUCGCCGUACUCUGCGCCGUUUGCUCCGCUCGUCAAGGCCGCACAGCAGGUGCCGCGCGAGUACAUUACCACGGCCGUCUCGUCGGCCCGCGACCCGUCCCUCCGCCUCCUCACGGAUGUCGCCGAGUCAGUCAAGACGGCCGUGACCGAGCAGACGGUUCACCGUGCUCUCCUUGCGUUCUGGACCGCUACCCUCGUCGAUCUCCUGGAGCGCACGCGCUCAUCGAACGGUCGUAUCUCAGAGGGCGUGGUCAAGGUCCUUGUCGAGACGUUUGUCACCCUCCUGUCCAUCCCGCACGCCGGCGCCGAGGUCAACGCCGCCAUCUACCCCCCUCUCGUCCUCCUUACCAGGACAGUCCACCUGUCGGACCCCGCGUUCCUGGCCAUCGUCGAGUCGCUCCUGACCCCUAACUCGGGUGCCAACCCCUCCCAGCGCCUCCUCACCCUCCUCGUUAUCCUCGACCAGCGCAAGGGCUGGGAGGGCGGUCUCGGCGAGGACGCCGCUGAGCGCCUCGCCAAGAUUCCCCAGAUCGGCGACCUCCUUGUCGCGGCCAUCGACAAGUACAGCUUUGUCGAGGCUACCAAGGCCCUGGUCGGUGCUCUCGUCGAGGAUGUUACUCUCUCGCAGGAGACCCUCACCAAGCUCGUGGACUACCCUACCCUCGCGACCCCGGUUGUUGAGCUCGUCGUCGCCAAGCUCCUCGAGACCCCGGCCGAGGUCCACUCCAUUGCCCGGCCACUCCUCAGCACUCUCCGCCAGCGUCACCCCAACCUCACUGACGCUGCCGUUAUCGAGGCUUCGGCCAGCGCUCCGGUCGACCCUACCCUCGUGCAGUGGACGUCUGCGGAGAGCGCUUUCAUCGACGUCCACUCCGCUGACGUCGCUAGCCGUGUCAGCGGUGUCAAGGAGAUGUACGCCGUGGCAGAAGCCGCCGGUCUCAACACUUCCAACGCUGCCGAGCUCCUCGGUGCCUCUGCGGACGAGACGCUUCGUUCAGCUCAGACGGCUAUCCUUGCUCGCAUUCGCGACACGGAUGUCGCGGUUCUCACUGCGCUCUACGCCGAGCCCGACCUUCUCCUCGCCCUCCUCAACGGCGUCGACUACAUCGAGACUGUCACUCCCGCGUUCGUCGCUUCCAAGCCGGUGCGCGAGGCUCUAGGGCUCCACCUCGGCUUCCUUGCCGCCUCGUACAUCCCUGCUCACUCGGACACCAAGAACAAGGUGUUUGAGAAGCUUCUGCUCCCCAACCUCCUUGCUACCGAAGAGCGCCGUGCCUUUGGCCCCGAGCAGUGGACCUCAGUUGUCAAGGCCUCCCGUCUUCUGGACCGCGUCCAGAGCGGUGUGGCCAUCAAGGCUUCCAGGGAUGAGCUGGUCAAGUUCAACCAGGAUCUCAUCAAGUCGCUCACUCGUGCUAUCGCCUCUAGCGGCGACAUUGGCGCCCACGUUGACGCCCUGAUUGCCAACCUGUCGGCGGCCCUUCCUGCAGCUCGCCUUUUGGCUUCGCUCACUCUUGCCGAGCUCGUCACGUCCGCCAGCGGCUACCAGCACGUUGUGGCGGCCCGCUCUCUUACUGCUCUCCAGUCGCACCUGGCCGGAAAGCAGAUGCGUGACAUUGAGCAGGUCGAAGCUCCUCUCGCUGCCGACCUCCUCAAGGUUGUUGUCAGCAAGCCCGCGGUUGCCAAGACCCAGCAGCGCGCGUACCUCGCCCUUCUUACUUCGGCCAUUGCCCUCAAGGAGCCUGCCGAGGCCCAGACCAACUGGCUCAACGAUGUGGCCGAAGAGUCUGCCGAGGCUCAGUCCCGCGUCAUCACGCACUCGCUCUACCGCUGGGCCAACAGUGCCAACCUCUCGGCUGCUGUUUCGCGUCAUCUUCUUCAGGCUGUUCUGUCCCAGCUUGGCGAGGACGCCUUGAUCUUCCUCGCGUCGGUUUGGACAGGUCAGGUCGAGUCCUCGCUCCGUGUGGCUGCGCUCCGCCACGCCACGGCCUUUGUCAAGGCCUACACUGGCACUACCAAGGCCACCGACUUCCAGGUGGUUAUCCCUGCCGCCCUCGUCGCGCUCCAGGACUCGGCCAAGCCCGUUCGCGAGGCCACUGCUGCCCUCCUCCGUGCCAUUGCUGCCACGCCCCAGUCGGGCGGUGCCGACAUCUAUGGUCUCGACGCUAUCUACGGCUCGCGUUCCGACCUUGUGCAGCUCCUUAAGCCUUCCGACCUUACCAAGUACCUCGAGGCGAUUACCAAGGCUCUCGACGACAUGGUCAUCGACGCUGGCCGCCUCGCUUCGGUCCACGCCUCCGUGCUCGACUCGCAGAAGAAGGACAAGAAGGAGGUUACGCAGCGUCGUGACGUCGUCGACUGGCUCAUGUCGCACAUUCUCGCAUGGAGGUCGGACGCUCCUCGCCGCUCGCUUCUGUCUUCUCUUGCGCGGGUCAUCAACGUCUCGAGGCUCUAUGGCUCCCUUCCGCUCCUCACUCCCCUUGUUGACUCCGCCAAGGACGAGGACAGCUGGCUGUCGACUCUCCCGCCGACCCACCGCAAGGAGUACUUGGAGCUUGCAUUCGGCUCGUUUAUCGCUCCCCAUGUCUCAGCCGUCAACGAGAACAACAGCGAGUCGUGGAAGUUCCUCGUCGAGCUCGUUUCUUCGUCGCCUACACCUGUUCUUCUAGAGCUUCGCGCAAUCUCCCUUGCUCGUCUCACGGACGGUCUCUUCGAUGGCAUCCGCUCUCCCCUCAAGCCAGAGUAUGUCGAGACUCUCAUCCACUCGCUCCACUCGCUUUCUUCGGACGACAACCUCACUUCGAAGGUAGCCGUGGCUAAGCUUGUUCUUUCGCCGGCGGAAAUUGUCAAGGUGCUCGAAGCCCUCCUCGAGCCCUUCGAGUCUCCUGUACACAGAAAGAAGGCCAAGACCGACGACGAUGCGGACAGGAUUGAGCAGGCCGUUGCCGACCUCACCGUCUUCAUCGAGUCGCGCGACUGGAAGGCUCUGCCUGGCGACGCUCCCGUCGUGGCCUCGCUCAUGGGCGUCCUUGCUACGAUCCUUUCCAAGCGCCAGGCGAUCAAGGAAGGCGUUGACUACCUUGAGCAGGAGAUUCUUGGUGCCAUUCUUGCCCAGAUCGAGCAGAUUACCGACGCCAACGAGAUUCUCCGUGCUCGUGUCGGUAUCGAGGUCAUUAUCAAGACCAUCCGCGCGUCUUCGAACCCUCGUACUGCUCAGCGCGCACUUCUCGUCGCCUCAGAACUCGCUCGCCUCAUCCCCGACACUGUCCUCCACAACGUUAUGCCCAUUUUCACCUUCAUGGGCAGCAGCGACCUUCAGCGAGACGACGCGUUCAGCUUUGGUGUUGUCGAGAAGACCGUCGAGCGUAUCGUCCCCGUUAUGGCCGCUUCGCUCAAGGACAAGGCGGAGACCAAGCUCGAACUUUACUCCGAGUCCCGUACGUUCCUCUCCAUCUUCACCGACAUGGCCGCCCGUCUGCCCAAGCACCGCACCCUGCCGUUCUUCGUCCACCUCGUCAAGUCGCUUGGCGCGGAGGACUUCCUCGCACCCGUGUCCAUGCUGCUCGCCGACCGUAGUGGUAAGGGCAAGAAUGCGGCGAACGGCUCUCUCGAGCUCUCGCUCAGCGUUGCGUCCGCAUUCUCUCCCGCCCUUCGCACCGAGGUCACCCUCGAUAUUGUCCAGGAGGUCGGCCGUAUUAUCAACGACUCGAGUGACAGCAGCAGCAGCGACGAAGCCGAGAGCACCUCGUUCCUUGCCAAUGGCGAGGCAGGCACUCGCCAGGCCACUGUCCUUCUUCAGCUCGCCGCUGGUCUCACCAAGCAGCUUGUUGGCCGUGUCACUCCACAGCCCGUGGUGGAGGAGAUUGUCUCGGGUCUCAUCUCGCUCGCUGCCAGCCCUGCGGUGACUGAGGAAGUUGCCGACCAGAUCGACACCGCCCUCUCCGGUGCGAUGCAGCUACUCUCCGUGGGCUCGUUCUUGGACAUUACCGCGCGUAUCCUUGAGUCUGGCAACGCCACAGACAUUAGCCGCGCGCUCGACCUGUUCGCCACUCGCCUUCCCCUUAUCAGGCCCGAGCUCCGCGGCCAGUCUGCGACCGCCAUGGGUACAAUCAUCCGCCGUACCGCCGCUCUUCUGGACGACCGUGGACCUGCCACCGCCAACGUCAUCGCUGCCCUCGGCCGCAUUGUCUCCACCGCUAUCAAGAGCGAGGACAGCCCUCUUGCGGCCAUCACUCCCAUCGUCGUUGCUGCCUCGAAGGGAGGCGACUUUGUCGAGGAGUCCGUGGCGCUCCUGGCGGCCCUCGUCCGCCACCUUGGUUCUCGUGCCAUUCCUUUCAUCCAGGCGGUUCUCGACGCGUGCUUGUCCAUUGCACGCAACACGACGUCGUCGCCGGCUGCUGUCGAGGCGAGCUUCGCCACCAUCGCGACCCUUGUCGACACUGUGCCCACCUUCGUGUCCAGCAAGCAGCUCGUCACCGUCCUCGGCGCCGCGGCCGAGUACCGCGCCACCGACGAGGCUACCUCGUCUUCGCUCAUCACCGCCAUUGCCAAGCGCAUCCCCACCAAGACGCUCAUUCCCGUCGUCAUGGAGCUGUGGAAGUCGAUCCAGUCGGCACCUGCGUCGUCAAUCGAGGCCUUCUUCUACCUCCUCCGCCAGACCCUCCGCCACGGCGACUCGAAGGCGAUCCCCAGCCACACCAAGCCUCUCUUUGCCUUCUUCCUCGAGGUGUUCGACAUCCGCCACAAGGCCGGUGCGCGUAUGGAGCCGGAGGCUGUCGAUGCGGCCGAGACUUCGGCGAUCAGCUCGUUCCUCGAGCUGGUCAUCAAGCUCUCCGAGGCUGCGUUCAAGCCCCUCUUCGUGCGCCUGUACGACUGGGCAGUGGUGGACCUCUCGGCGCCUGCUUCCGACGCUCACGUCGUGGCGCGCCGCAAGAUCCUCCUCCGCGUCAUGGACGGCCUGCUCGGCAAGUUCCGCCACCUCCUCACCCCGUACAUGGCGACGCUCAUGCCGUUUGUCGAGGAGCUGCUUGCAGCCUACUCGCUCGGCGAGGUCGAGGACGAGUCGCUGUGGGCUCUGCUCCUCCGCGUCAUCGCCCACUCGAUGGACGUCGAUGACGGUGUGUUCUGGACCGACGCGGCGCUCCUCAAGCUCCUGCCUCUGGUUGUCGAGCAGCUCAGCCUCUUCCCCAGCACAACAGCCACGCCCGAGUCGCCUGUCGCCAAGGCCCUCGCUGCGAUUGCCGCGACGACGUCGUCCGAGGCCACGCUCAAGAAGGUCAACAGCGCCAUCUGCCUGGCUACCCGCGCCGAGGAGCCCAAGGCGCGCAUGGCGGCGUUGUACGCCCUCGACGCGGCAUGGGAGCGCCACUCGGACGAGCUGAUCCAGUUCGUUCCCGAGACGGUUGCCGAGUUCCUCGCCGAGCUGCUCGAGGACGAGAACUCGGAGGUCGAGGGGCUCGCGCGCAAGGUGCUGGCACGUAUCGAGGGUGUCACUGGCAGCCUCAAGGAGUACCUCGAGUAGAUGUAGGCUUUGUCUUGUAACACUAGAAUCACAUGCAUGGGU